AUGCCAUCGGGAAGAUCGCCCAUCCCGUGGAUUGACCCGGACAGUAAUCUGUACUGGUACGAUCCGGACGGCGGCUACGGAAGAGGCUACGAUGAUGAUCAAGGCUCGACCAGCACCAUCAGCAAUCGUGGCCCGCCGCGGCGCAGGCGGAGAGGAGAGGAUCCCGAACUACGCGCCCUCUCAGCCGUCUUCUCCGGCGUGCGUCCCCCACGAGGUCGAGAUCGAGACCGAGACAGCGAUAACUACCGCCGCGGCCACAUGCACGAUUCGGGUCGCCGCACGUGCAUGAACAUUGAAGGCCCCUUUUACGACCAAGACUACGACCGCUGGUAUUACUACGACAUCGCACGGCCCGGAGGGCCCAGGAGGCUGGAUUAUUGUCGCCACGGCGAGGUCGAGGUCGUGUGUCUAUACUGCAAUGGCAGCUAUGGAUGUGGAAGGGGGAGAGGACGCUCUCUGUCUAGGAGCAGGGAUCGUAGUCGUCGCCGAAGCGGCAGCCGCAAUGAUAUUCGUCGCCACGGCCACCGUCACCGCCACGGCAGGCGACCUCGUGACGGCGACAGGGUCAUAGCAUGCUACGCGGCCAACUUUGGCUAUGACUUUUACAACGGCAGACCGCCCCCACGAUACGGCGGUGUCGUCGAUAGAUCCCCAGGAUCACGGAGGGCCGAGGCCAGACGUGUUCGACAUGGUCGACAUGGUAGGCAUGAUUCUUUCGAGCGUGGAUACGACGACGACGGCCUUGUGGGCAGCGGCGGGGGCGGCUACUAUGAUUUUCCAUUUGAUUUUGAUUUUGACUUUGACAAUGAUUACGACUACGACUACGACUACGACUAUCACGACGGGGAUCGAAGGUGCAGACGAUCAAGAAGACGAGACAGAAACGAUAGUGCGGCAGAUCAUCUCUUGCGCGAAAUGGACAGGGUAGAACGCAGGGCCGACGAGGCUGAACGCCGGUUGUGGAGGGAGUACGGGACCUGA